CAUUAGCCGUGAUAUCUCGCAGUUUGGGAGGAUUCUCUCCAACUCUCUGUGUUUUUCUUCAAAGAUCAAAACUCUGUACUGUGGUUAUAUAGCCGGAUGAUUGGUUGAUUGAUGUCUUGUUGGUUGCAUUUCCGAAGAAAGUGACACAGGAGGUACAAGUAAAUAAGUGUCACUAUAGAGACAGCUGCGAGGUGUGUACGACGCGCAUACGUAUGACUAUUCCAGACUGCGCAUAGGUGUUUGUAUACGCAUCAGUCAGCAGUGCUGCAUUUCGCUGUUGAUAGUAUUGUUUCGUUUUGGGUCAGUGGAAACGACGAUUUGUCGUCGUAGUAAUCAACGCAGUAACUUUGCCGUCUGCCGUUUCUGGAAUUUUGUGAAGUGAUUACUGUUGCAGGGGCGUAUGCCUCCGCUACCGAGCUAUUGAACAGCCGCAAUUAUGGCCUUUAUCUUAAAUUUUGUUGCCUUCUGCACGAUUAUCUAUUAUUUAGUACAAAUAGUUUUAUGGCUGAUACUGGAUGCGGACAUUGAACUUUUUCUCCUAUCCAAAUUAGGAAAACCCAUUGCUUCAUUAAAAGGAAAGGUUGUAUGGAUUACGGGUGCUUCAAGUGGCAUAGGUCGAGAUUUGGCAAUCGCCCUAGCUAAGAAUGGUGUUCGACUGUGCUUAUCAGCUCGCAAUAUAUCCGAGUUAUUAAGGGUCAAACAAGAUUGUAUAGCGCAAUCAAAUGGAACCCUCGGACCGAAUGACGUUUACGUAUUACAGAUGGAUAUGCUGGAUAUCAAUCAUCACAACGAUUACUUCAACAUGGUGAUAGAUCACUUCAAAUCGGUCGAUAUUCUAGUCAACAAUGCAGGUCGAUCACAACGAGCCGAGUGGAACAAUAUCAGCGUUAAGGUCGAUCGGGAAUUGUUCGAAUUGGACGUUUUCGCAGUGAUUCAUCUGUCACGUAUUGCUUUGAACUUUUUUCUGCGCAACUCGAUUAAGGGUCACCUGGCAGUCACAAGCAGCACAGCCGGUUUGAUAGGAGCACCCAAUUCCGCCAGCUACACUGGCGCUAAACAUGCGCUGCACGGCUACUUCGAAACACUUCGAAACGAGCCGUUCGAUGUGAAUAUUACGAUUUUCUGUCCGGGGCCCACCGCUACCAACUUUCUGCAGGAAUGCUUCACGGAUACACCAGGACAGAAACACAACCAAGCUGUACGUGCAGAAGACAAACGUAUGACCAGUGAACGGUGUGGCUAUCUGUAUGCAAUUGCUUUGGCCAACAAAACUCAGCUUAGCUGGGUCGGCAAUUUUCCUAUUAAUCCGAUACUCUACAUUGGCUGUUACUAUCCAAAUAUCAAGAAAUUGUUAUUGAAAAUUAUCGGCAUGCGACGCCUGCGACAGGUGCGAGAUAGUAGAUAGAAACAAAACCCAUUGCUUCUUACUUCGCAGUUUAUUGCAAAGUUUAACCUUAAGCCAGCUUCGACUCUACUUACACAGCGCUUAUAUGCUAAUUGGCAGCACAAGCACAUCGUUCGAAAUGCAUUUUCAUAAAACAGGUUGUAAGUUGCAUUGUACCACGAAAGCACUUGUAGUUUUGUAAAGUUUAGAAAUUGUUGUUAAUUCAUAAUAAAUAGUUAAUUUACAAGCUUUGUUUCAGAGUAACUAAUGGAAAUAAGUUGCUAGCAAAAUAAAAUUUCCUUUCGAAAGGAAAUGCCAUAAUAUGAAAACACAAAAUUGCAUUUUUAUACUUUUCUACAUAUAUUCAAAAAAAUUCAUAACAAUUCACUGAUGCACCUGGAAAACCACACAGUAUAAAUGAAGUAUUUUGAAAAAAACCGUUGUCAACCACAAGUUAUCCGUUGAAUAAAGUAAUCGAUGCUAUCGGAA